AUGUCUACCUUGGCACAGUUCAAGAGGGUCGUUAGAGAGGCCGCCACAAAACAGGUCGACGAUCUAGAUACACUCGAGUUGCAGCGCAUAGAAGCAGCCCUAGAAUAUGGCCCUUCUCUCCGAGAGCUAGAGAGACAGCGGCAGAACAACGAAGAGCUUCAUCUCCGUCGAGUCGACUUUCUUCGCAAACAUGAGGAGCCUUUUGAGAAACCGCCGCGAUACGAUAUUACCGACCGCACCACCUUCUUCGCUGUGAUUCGCAGAUCCGCACAGCUGGUUCAAGCAGAGCAAAAGAAGUACUCCACUCUCCAUUUUCUCGAGGCCUUCGCAAGUCGAUCUUUGUUGGCUUAUUACGGCGUCCCACAACCAAUCAUUCCUACACUCAAGGGCUAUGCGCACCCAGAACCAUGGAAUCGCCGGCCACAAACAAAGACCUUCACAAAUGAACAUUGGGCUGACCUCGAGAUACGCUUAUUCGCCGAAUGGAUGGAACCAACACUUUCAGAAAAAGCUGCGAGGAGAAAGGUGGCACGAACAUUGGUCGACCUCGUCAAGCAAACGAAUCCAGCACUCAUAGCUACACCAUUUGGCUCGCAAGCGACCGGUCUCACAAUGCCAAGCUCCGACAUCGAUAUACGUGUUGCAGAUCCGACCUACAAACAGGAACCUGACGACACGACACGCGUUACAAGGGACGCACUUGCAAAAAUGACCGUGGCAGAGAGACAGGAGCUCAGGCAGGCUUCGCACCUGAUACGAACGACCGCAAAGAGGAAGCACAUGGUUCUUCAGCUUCGGAAGCUUCAAACCGCCUUGGCCGACCAUGAGGACUUUGACAACGUUCAAUUCUUGGAAGCACGCGUGCCUCUGAUCAAAGCUAUCCACAAGCCCACCGGGCUCAAGGUUCAAAUGGUCUCUACAAGCUCCACCCACAGAUCUCAAGAGGCGAUUAAAAACUACCUUGCCGAGUUUCCGCAUUUGAAAGCAUUGUUCAUGCUUCUCAAGACUGCAUUGAACCUUCGCAAUAUGUCUGAUCCCUGGAACGGUGGCUUCGGAUCGUACACACUAUUCAUGAUGUGUGUGGCAGCCUUGAGGUACGCUGCGAUCAAACGAGUCCAAGGCUACGACGGACGCGGCAGAAUAUCAGACAAUCUCAUACAGAUCCUGUCCUUCUGGAGUGAAUUCAAGACAAAUACCAAGGCCAUUACCCUCGAACCCACCAAAAUAGUCCCAAAGAGGGUAAAGCCGAGCCCAGAGGAAAUCGAGGCUCGGAAAACAGACAUGUCCUUAUGGGCACGUCUCCGUAUAGCCCAACCAAACGCCUACAGACCCUACAUGCUCCACCUCCAAGAUCCAGCAGACCCCUACAACGACCUCGGCCGCUCCAGUCUAGCUAUCAAGGAUCUUCAAAAGACGUUUGCCCAACUCUUGGCCGAGUUGACUCGAGACUGGAAGGACCCGAAACGCAGAGAUGACGCUGCUCCGUUGCUGAAGUCGGUGGUGGGCAGAUGUGAUAGGUAUUUUGACGAGAUGAGGAUUCCAGUCGAUCUUUGGGGUGAGCAGUUUGUAGAGGAGAUGCAAGCCGCAGAGGCUGAGGAGGCUGAGGCUGAGCAGCUCAAGGCGGAGAGUGCUGAGGCUGAGCGCCAGAGGGCUGAGAGUGCUGUCGAAGACGGUGAGACUGAGGAGAGUACCGUCGGAGAGAGUGGUGCCGUUGGAGAGAGUGGUGCCGUUGGAGAGAGCGGUGUCGAAGAGACUAGUCCUCAAGAGAGUGCCCUUAGAAUCAGUAAAGUGCCCUGGAAGCGGAGGUCAUAG